AUGGAUCAUUCGAAAAUCCAGUUUGGUAUUUUCGAUGAACCAACUCCAAGUGUUGGUCGGGUACGGACAAACUCAGUAUAUUCGAUAGGUGGCGAUAGCUUUGUCGCUACAACUCAGAAAGAAAUCGUUAUUUUCAAAGGACGCGAGAUAAAAUCGAGAUAUCCAUUCAAAUGCUUAACCACCGUUUUUAUACCAGAACUAGAUGUCAUUGUUGGAUUAACAAUGAAUACUAACCAAUUUAUCGCGUUUCAGACCAAUAAUACAGAAAGCACAAAUUUAUUACUAUCAGGCAUUGAUUCAAAGCAUAUAAGCGUAUUUCACAUGAUAUAUUCACCAAAAUCUCAUGCAAUUUUAACAGUAGGUAAUGGAGUAAAGGUUUGGACAUUAACUUCAGAUCGCUGGAAUAACAGAAAGACAUCAAUACCACCUACACUCUCAAUUUCUUUACGUUCUUCAUUUGCUUCCGAUUAUCAAGUUCAAAUCUUAAAUCCUCCAACGUUUGAUUAUGAAAGUGAAUACAUUUUAAUCCCUACAACAUCUGGAUUACGUCCAUUUGAUUUAGAUGGAAAUCAGAAAAAUGCUGUAAGUUUAUAUCCUACUCUUUCUAUCAGCUCGAACAGUGCUGACCCUACAACAGCUAUUAGAACAUGUGUUUCUGCAAUGUGGUGUGAAAGAUCAAAAAAGAAAAAGCUUACAGGCGAAUAUAAAUAUCGAAAAAAUUAUAUGACAUGCGAUUCAGAAAAUGGUCUAUGUAUAUGGGGUACUCGUGGAAAUUUAAAGAAAAGAAUCGGAUCUACAAUACCUAAUUUAUUGAUGCUUCAAUAUUUAGAUGAACAAAACGUUAUUUACAUGGAUUCAAGAGGUAUUUUCUAUCUACUUAAUAUAUACACCGAACGAUUUUUCCCAUGCUAUAAUAUGGACAAGCUUCCAUCUCGGGUUUUCGUUUUUCGAACCUUAUCUGGUCUCAAAAUUGCAUAUUGUCAAGAUCUUUCCUUUAAUUUACUACGCGUUGAAAUACCUUGGUCUGCCUGGCUUCUUAAUUUACGUGAAUGCCAACAAAUUUUGAGAAGUCCGAGGUAUAAUGAUGCGGCAAGAGUGGUUGUAUUUACAAAUAACUCGUUUGUUAAGCUUUACGCAACUCAGAAUAGUUCAUUGAUUACAGCUGCAACCCAGAAAUCAUCAAGUCCGCCAAUAGGAGUAUUAUAUGACCGAGGAAUUCACAUUUCUACUAAGUUUAACCAGUCAAAAAACAAAACGGAAUACGAGAUAUGCCAGAUUCGUGAUGAUGUAGCUCACGAUCAGCUAUUUACCAUACUUGAUAACGGAGAUGUCGUCAGUUUUGAUACUAGUGUUCAACCAGCAGAAGAAAUAUUCACAAUGAGCGUUAAAUGUAACAUUAUGACCUUUGUAAAAUUCGAAGGAAAGUGGAAUUACGCUUUUGUCAGCAAAGAAUCCGAUUUUUACAUAUAUGACUAUGACACAUUGAAAUCACUGAAGCGAUUCAGAGUUUCUAAAGAGAUAAUUGUUGGUUUUUAUUAUCAUGCUGAAUCUGAUUUAGCGAUAAUCAUUUACCAGAACGAAACUGUACUCUUUGACUUGAACAGAUCACAAGUUGUAUCAAGUGUGAAGUUCCAAUCCUCGAAUAUCCAUGCUUUUUACAACGACCAAAUAUAUUUCGGAUACAAAACAGGCCAUUUAGGCAGAAUCUACAUCAAAAACAGAGAGCUAUUCAUUAGAGGAGAUACAAUGCCUCGUCCUCAUAUGGAUGCGAUCACUGGAUUCACUUUUGGAGAAUCUUAUUGGGCGACUUCAUCAAUGGAUAGAACCGUACAGAUAUUCGAUUACAACUAUAUGGGAGUUGUAAGAAUCGAAUUACCACUUCCGAUUUAUUCAUUGGAAUUUUUAAAUGGAAAAAGAGAUUUAUUAUUGGCAACAGAUAACGAAAUAAUGAUAAUUUAUGGAUCAGAGAUAUUUUGUGAUGAUGUGGAUACUGAAAUACCUGAAAUUGAUAACUUUGACAAGAUUUUAGAUUUAUUAUCUUCUGUUAGUUCAAUUAGACCUGAAGAAGAGGACGACGAUGAACAACAGGAUGAUAUUCUAAAGGGAAUUUCUAAAAAAGACUCAAAACCAGACUUAUUGAAGCUAAUUGAACUCAGAUUAGAAAAAGAGAACAAAUUAUCAAUGGAAAGACUGAAGAGUUAUCAAAAAGAAACAACAGAAAUCACAGGAAACAAGUCAUCAGAACAAAAUGGCGAUUCUAACAAUAAUAAUUCAAAUGAUGACCCAGAUGAUGACGAAAAACGUCGUUUAAUUGAAGAAAUGACUGCAAUGACUAAUGAAAAUCCAGUAAAACAGCCAAUUGUUCAACAAAAAGAAAAGAAAGAAGAGAAUCAAAACGAAAUUAAAGAAGAUCAACAAAAAGAAGAGCAAAAAGAGCAAGAACAAACUCAAGAACAACAAGAUCAACAACCUCAAAAGGAGCAGAAGAAGCCAAAGAAGAGAAAAAGACCAGAAAUCAGUCCACAAGAUUUGAUUAACAAAAGCUUGGCCCAAGUUGAAGAACUCGAGUCUAAAAAAGAAAGAAGAAAAAGGAGAAAAGCAAAAAAGACACAAGAAAAGGUCGAAGAAGAAAAACCAGAAGAAUCUUCAGCAGAAUCUGAUUUAGACAUCAAUGACUUGUACACAAAGAAUGAGGAUAGUGAAGAUGAGUUCAAAGACUAUAAACCUCCACCAAAAAGAGAAGUAAAAAUUGAAAUUAAAUUGGUAAAAACAAUUCAAGAAGAACCGAAAGAGAGAGCACCAUCCAAAAAGCAAAAACCAGUUGCUCCAAAAGAAGAUAUCAAUGAAUUGCCCGUGUCUCCAAGAAACAGAAAUAAAAUUCAAUCACCAACAAAAUCUAAAGAAGUUUUACCCAAGAAACAAGAAAAUACUCGUCCACAAACAUCAAUUCCGUCUGCUAAACAGAAAUUGGAGUCAAAUCCACCUUCUUCUAAGCAAAUUAAAUCGAAAAAUUCAAAACCUUUACAAAAGAAGGUUAACUCAACUGAAACCUCGUCUGUUUCAUCGAAAUCGAAUCAUUCUAAGAUAAAUAAUGUAGGAAAUUCUUCUCCAACCACUAAAAAUCAUGGAAGAACAAAUAAUAUUCCAAGAAUUCCUCCUAAAACAGCAAUUGGCGGUCGAGAAAAUAUCAGAAGUAAAAAUGAAGAAGAGAAUGAAGUUAAUUCUGUCCAAAAUGAAGCUGAUUCAAAUAAAAUUGAAACAAAUUCAGUUCAAUUUUCAAAUAAUGAUGAUCCUCAGUUAAUGCAUGGUGAAGAAGAUCAAAAUGAAACGUCAACAGACCAAUCUUCUCAAACUUCUCCUCUUACAAAUGAAAUCCAAAAUAAUUUUGAGGAAAAUAACCAAGAAAACAAUGAAAACAACGAAGAAACAUAUUUCAAUGAAGAAGAAGCCGACGAAGAGACUGAAAUUGAUGAAAUAAAUGAUGAAAAUUUAUCAAAUUCGGCAAAAGAACUAAGAAGAGCCGAAUUAAACAAAAACAAGAUAAUCAGGCCAAGAAGGAUCUCAUACAGAACUAACUCAGACCGGUCAAUUCUCAAACCACCACCUUUAUCCGCUCGUCUUCCUUCAAACAACAAUUUCAUUCAUAACCAGCCAAAAAUAAAAAAGGGGAUGAAGGAGAUAGACCCUCAAAUGGCCCAUUUAUUAGGUGUCUCCCAACAGCCUGAUUAUCUGCGCAGCAGGGCACCGACACCUCCUCCCAUCAGAUGGGGAAACCAACUGAUUUCGCAAAGGUUGUUCAAUCCGAAAUACGAUUACAACAAGAACAACAAAAAUCAGAGGGUCUUCACAAUGCCUCCCCCUAAUAUUGUCAUUGAUCCAUCCGCUGUUCUUGCUGAGUACGGCAAAGGCUGGGAAGACCUCAGACCUCUAAUAGAGAAGCUGUUAAAUGACGGAGAAAUUGACGAAAACGAACUGAUGAACACUAAACUGUUUUACAGUGGAAACUCUGUCAGUCCUCCGUCGGAACCAAGAGGACAAAGUCCAAGGAAAUUGACAAGAAGGAAUUCAACUCUUUUGCCAGUUCCUGGUUCUUUGACUCCACCAAGUUCAAGUCGAAAAUUGUCGAGUGAAAGAAAAACUCUUUCUUUUGCAAAUCAUGAUUUUGAUAUCGACAUAAACGACUAUGUUUAUCAGGAUAUGAUUGGAGGAUAUGAAGUAUCUCCUUUGUAUCCACAACCUCCUUUUUCUGCAAGAAAUCCACCUCCUAAUGAAUCAAUUUUCUCCGAUGAAACUGAUUCAGAAAGUCAACAAGAAAAACUACCUUUUAAUGUGAUUUAUUACGGAAAUCGGCAAAGUAAUGAGGAAAUCAACCAUAACUUGCAUGAAAUUCCUCGUCCUCCACCUUUGAUUGUUCCUCAACAUCAAAGGAAUGAAUAUUCCGUAAUCGACGAAAAACUCACGAAUUCUCCAACAGAUCAAACUCCUCCUGAUAUCACGAAUUUCUUACCCAAACCACCUCCAAUUCCUCAGCAACAAAACACUGCUGAUCCAGACUAUAUUAACUUUGUUAAUACUGGUUCAUCCGAAAAACAACAACAAUUAAAUGUUGUUAAUUCUAAUUAUUUAGAAAAACAACAACAAUUAAAUGUUGUUAAUUCUAAUUAUUUAGAAAAACAACAAUUAAAUGUUGUUAAUUCUAAUUAUUUAGAAAAACAACAACAAUUAAAUGUUGUUAAUUCUAAUUAUUUAGAAAAACAACAACAAUUAAAUGUUGUUAAUGUAGAACCACCUCCAAUAGGUCAACAAAAUUCUGCUGCAAUUGUAAGACCGAGAAGAAGGAAUUUGUAUAUGAGUUCAAUACAAAAACAAGAUGUAAUUGAACAAAAUGAAACUGAUAAUCCUUAUUUGCCUGAUUACAGUCAAUCACCAUUGAUAAUACAGAACUUAACAAGCAAGCAAUAUAUUCCGUUCUGGAUGAGUUUGAUUGAGAAAGAGCCUCCUCCUGAUGCUUCUCCAGUUGCAAAAGAAAUCAGAGAAUUGCUUGUGAAGAGGAAGGAAGAAAUUGAAAAGUCAAUGAAGAAUAAUCCUUCUGUAAUUACACCACGAGCAACAAUGAGUUUUGUUCAGAAUAAUGCAAAAGAUGAUCUACUUAAAUACAUUUUAGAAAGGAAAGAAAGAAACAGAAGAAUAUCUAAUAAUAGACAAAGAAUUGGUACAAGAAAGUCAGUGAGUAACAGAGCAAUUGUAAAACCAUUCUGGAGAGAUUACUCGAGAAAAACUCCAAGAAAAGAGUUCUCCACAUUUGAUGGCGCAAUGCGGAUAACAAGAAUCCCACUUUCAAAGCCAUCUCAUUAA